AUGCAACAAAAUAGCAGUGCACAGACUCUGGCAUCAGAAGUGUGUGAGCAGGUACUGUGGGAAAAUGCGGGACUGGAUUAUAGUGGCUCUACAGGCAACCUGUCGCUGAAUUGCUGGCUGCACUUCUUAAGCAAGGAAUCUAUCCAGGAGCUACAGGGAGAUGGCUCCAGCCUCACAGUACGUGUAAUGAUAGCUCUGGUGUACUCCAUUGUUUGUGCACUGGGGCUAGUGGGAAACUCUCUGGCUCUCUACCUUCUUCAUUCCCGCCACAGUCAGAAGCAGUCCUCCAUCAACUGCUUUGUAAUGGGCUUGGCUCUUACCGACCUGCAGUUUGUUCUCACGCUCCCCUUUUGGGCUAUUGACACAGCUCUGGACUUCCGCUGGCCCUUCGGCAAAGUCAUGUGCAAGAUCAUCAGCUCUGUGACUAUCAUGAACAUGUACGCCAGCGUCUUCUUCCUGACCGCAAUGAGUGUGGCGAGGUACUACGCCGUGACAACAGCCCUAAAGAUGCACAGCAGGCGGGCGGCAGUGGCCAGCGCCAAGUGGAUCAGCUUGGGCAUCUGGGCAGUGUCGCUGCUUGCCACCCUGCCCCAUGCCAUCUACUCCACCAGCGCCCAGCUUUAUGACGAGGAGUGGUGUUUGGUGCGUUUCCCUGAGUCGGGCACCUGGGACCCUCAGCUGCUGCUGGGGCUCUACCAGCUACAGAAGGUUCUGCUGGGCUUCCUCAUCCCUUUGGUGGUCAUCACCGUGUGCUACCUGAUGCUGCUACGGUUUGUGCUGAGCCGACCCAUCAAUGGGGCGACCACCUCAGAGGGCUCGGAAGACCGCCACAAGCGCUGCUCCAAAGUCACCAAGUCGGUGGCCAUUGUGGUGCUGUCCUUUUUCCUGUGCUGGCUGCCCAACCAGGCCCUGACACUGUGGGGUGCGCUAAUUAAGUUUGACCUGGUGCACUUCAGCAAUGCAUAUUACAAUGUCCAGAACUACACCUUCCCUUUGACUGUGUGUCUGGCUCACACCAACAGCUGCCUCAACCCUGUGCUCUACUGUCUAAUCCGCCGGGAGUAUCGCGCCGGCCUCAAGGAGCUACUGCUUUGUGCCACACCCUCCUUCAGGAGUCUGGCUAACCUGCGGCAUCGUAAAAUGAAGGUGUCAGAGACUGCCCCUGUCAUGGUGCUGGUCCAGAUGGAUGUGUGAGGUUAGCUGGCAGGCGGUUUAGCUCCUCCGGUAGACUACUGGUGCACAGCCACAAUGGAUGCACAAAGCUCUGCAGAUUUUUUUUUAUUGUAAUUGAUGGGACGGGACUAUCACAAAGACUACCCAUUCAGACGCUCCUAAGGUUCUCUCCUACUACUCAGAUUCUCUUUGCUAGAUAUUUUUCCUGUCUACAUAGCUGCUUUCCUGAGGAGGAUUAAGGUUUGCCUUCCUUUAACUUGUCAUAAAUUAAACAACGUAUCUCAAUGGUAAUCAAUUAAUAUGGUUGAUUUAGAAGUUUUAUUUUGAUUAGUUUUAUUCGGUCAAUGUUGUGAACUGUUAUAAUGAAUGUAUACAUGCUGUACUUUUAUGUGUAUUUGUCUCAGGUAAUAACAGUGCGCAGAUUUAUAUAGGGCUCUGUUUAUUACUCAUAAGGAGUUGAGGUGUUAAAGAGGAUGUCUUUAUUAAAUGUUAAUGAUGUGUUUGCUUUUCAGACAUAUUCAA